AUGACUUCCCGGGAUCUCUCGAGGAUUAUCUUCAUCAUAUCGGUCGAACAAGAAGGGCUGGUGCCAAAGGAACGGCAUACACUUUUUUCACGGUUGCAAAUGCCCGAUUUACAAAGGAACUCAUUAGCAUCAUCAAGGAGGCUGGACAGAAGGUUAGUCUGGAGCUUGCAGCUAUGGGACGUGGUGUACCUCCGCCUCCAGGUCACGGAAGUUUCCGAGAUCGUGGGAGAGGUUUUGGCGGUGGGCGUUCUUGGAACUGAUAUAGUGCUUGAUCGAAAAGAAAAAUUGGAAAGCUUCAACAAUAUCUCGGUACUCGUGACAGUUUUUUCUCUCUCUGAAUGUUCCAUUUCCAUGGCGGCGAACCCUUUUCUUCUUCCUAUCAUAUACUCUUCUUCUUCUUCUUCUUCUUCUUCUUCGAAUUAUUCAUCGUCACAAAUGUUCCCUCUCUUGUUUUCAUUUUUCAUUCUUUUUCUCUCCCUCUUCAUUCUAAUAUUCUCUCUCUACACUUUCAAGAACAUCAGGAAUAGUAACCACAAAAACGCACACCAAAUACAUGGACAAGCUCAAAAAAUCCCAUCUUUACAUGUAAAUAACAGUGAAGUUGAUAAAAAUAAUAGUACCCAUGAACCCGACCCAGUGAAUUUGACCAGUUCACUUCUUCUAGAGAUCUUGCCUUCCAGUUCUGCGAAAUGGGACAACCUUUUCAGUGGUGAAAAUGAAAUUUGCGAGGAUAAGAGCGGGUCGGGUCAGGAGGAGAAGAAAAGGAAGAAGAAACGGGCCAAGAAGAAGAGACCCGACCCGGACGACGAGGCGAAAAAAGAGGUGGACGAGUUGGUUUGUUUGUACCCGUUUACGAAGUCUUCCAGUGCAACUCAGAGGAAGAUUAAGCUACAGUAUGAUCAACUUGUCAAGUCCCAUGAGUCCAAUGCCAUAACUCCGGCUCAGGUUUAUUUUUGA